UGCGACUGUAAGUGUUCUUCAAAUCCAAAAUUGAAAUUCAUCAUCGACGACAAGCAUGGCAGUGCGCGCGGAUGGCGAAAUUCAUUGCAGCAAUCCAAUCAUUAUUCGUAUCCGUAAAAACCGCUUGGAUUGUGCAAAUCUUCGAAGCUAUUUCGAGAGGGUGGGAGAAUCGGAGAGCAGGGGUGGGUAUGGGGUAGCCAAUUUUGCCAAAUUAACCCUAGAAAGAGGGGCCGAUAUUGAGAAACCAUAUUUACGCAUAUUACUUCCUGUCCAUGACUCAAAUUUGUUGGCCCCUUUGACAAAAAUCUUGGUAUUGUCUCACCCAUCAUCGGACAGAUCACAACAAGGUUGUUUCGAAUGCGAAACGGAAAACGCCGAUUUCAGGCGAAUUGACUGACGGAAGAAACGCCGACGGCGAUCGUGAAGUAAUCAAUUAGUUCUACGAUGAUGGGUGGGCUUCAAAAUCAAGGUUUUGAUCCGCCCUCCCAAUCCGUCGAAUCUUCUAGAUCAAAGACGAGGCUUUACAGAGUUUGGAAGGGUCGCAAUAAAUUUAUAUGUGGUGGGAGGUUGAUCUUUGGUCCCGACGGCGGGUCCGUUGUUUUGUCGACCUUCUUGAUAGGGGUGCCCGCCGUAACAUUUUGUAUAUCGAUGCUUCUAAGGAUCCCAAAAGUUGACGAGUUGUAUGGGCGUAUCGUAUUGAUAGUAGGAGUUGUCCUAACAGUAUUGGACUUGAUUUUUCUGUACAUGACUUCUGCGACAAAUCCCGGAAUCAUUCCUAGGAGCACACAGCUCCCGGAAUGCGACAAUGUGUCCGAAUUCUUGGGAUCUAUGGAUUGGAUCAGCAGUGCAAGUCUCGACCUUCGGAUCCCGAGAACAAAGGAUGUUAUUGUGAAUGGCCACACGGUGAAAGUGAAGUUCUGUGAUACUUGUUUGUUGUAUCGCCCUCCCCGAGCUUCUCAUUGCUCCAUCUGCAAUAACUGCGUCCAGAGGUUUGAUCAUCACUGUCCUUGGGUGGGCCAGUGUAUCGGCGUUCGAAACUACCGCACAUUCUAUUUGUUUGUAUCAACAUCGACAAUCUUGUGCUUAUACGUUUUCAUAUUUUCUUGGAUGAACCUCCUAAGAGAACCAGGCCGCAUAUGGAGAUCCAUGUCAAGGGAUAUGGUAUCGGUUGUGCUAAUAAUCUACUGCUUCAUUUCGGUGUGGUUUGUUGGCGGGCUUAGCGUCUUUCACUUCUACCUAAUUUGCACCAACCAGACAACAUAUGAGAACUUCCGGUAUCGUUAUGACAAGAAAGAAAAUCCAUAUAAUCGAGGAAUGCUCAAGAACUUGAAGGAAAUAUGUUUCUCAAGGACAGUGCCUUCACUUGUCAAUUUCCGGGAAUGGGUGGCCGAAGAAGACUAUUCUAGUAUGGCAUCCAUAAGUAGAAAAUUUGGUGUGGACACUCUGAAGUCGAAUGGCAAGAUAGACCUGGAACUUGGAGUCAUUAGCAAGGACGGUAAAUCUGUCCCGACUAUUCUGCAGAAUUUAGAUUAUAGUGGAAUCAAAGACAGCUUCAAGAAAGGUACCAAAGAUGGAAAGCCCAACCUUGACCCGAUAUUUUUAUCCUUCGAUGAAGAAGGCUCUGCCGCAGAAGAUGCUAGCACCAUUGAUGAUAAUGGGACAGAUGAUCGUCCUCAGAAGGCAUCGGCUGCAGGGCCUCGGAGAUAAAAGCAUGAAAGGGUCGAUGAAUCCAUUCCUAAGAGGUGAAGUCGAUGAAAUCAUUCUGGGAGGAGGAUGCGCCACAAGUUACCUUAGAGGAAAAUCUGGCAGGCUAUUAAGCUUGACCGGUGGUUUAUCUAGAGCGCACACGAAAAGUAGCGGUUGCAGAUUCUCACGGAAAAAAAAUAAAAAUUAGAUAGCUAAAUGAAUUAAAAUAUGCCCAUUUUUGCUGCUCAUAAGCCUGAGGUUAGGUUGUAAUAACACCACCAAUAUUGAAUUCUCCUAAUUAAAAUAUAAAUUAUUAUUAUUAUUAUUUUAUUGCUAUUGUUAUUGUUGUUGUUGCUAUGUUGUUGUAACUGAUUGAUUAGAUGAAGUAAUUGAAGGAGUUUGAUAUUGAAUUGUGUAAAAGAAUAUCAUGAAUAAUGUAAGAAAUGUAUUGUAUAAGUGGAUGUGUUUGGUUGCAAGUUAGCGAGGUGUAGAUGAAAGUUUGAAUUUAAUGUUGAGCAACAAGAUAUUUUGAUUGUAAAUUGAGUUACAAUGUA